UCACAAGUGAUCAUACAAAAGACACGAGUUUUAAGCACCGUCCAAUAUAAAUUGAUAGUUGAAUAUAGUUGAAGAAAAAUGAAUCAAAUUACAUAAUACAGCUGUUUUGUCCCUCAGGGACUCGCCGCAUACCAAGCAAACGUGAUCCUUGGAAUAAAUAUGCAUUAAGCUUGGCAGCAACCUGAAUCCUACAAGGCGAUCACUAUGCACGGUGGUGAUGACUGAUUAAAUAUAAACCAAAGGUCCAUGUAGUAAUCCAGACACGUGUUGGUACAUGUUUGGACAAGAUGAGAUAAAUAGACCUAAGUAACAGCAUCACUGGCGCAAUUCAUGUACAAAUAUUUGAUAAAGUUAUCAGCCCUGCUGAUUCAAUAGAGCAAAAUCAGUACUCUCGCACGUUUGAUUAUAAAUAAAGAUUGUACAAGAAUGUAUCCCAUUGUCUACACAUACAACUAGAUAUGCGACGAUAGUCUGGUCAGUCACUGUAUCAGUCUCCACUGCUUUCAUCACGAUGGCAUUGGUAGAAGAUAUAUUUCCUUAUUUGGUGAAAGCGGAUUAUGGAAAGACUCCUACAAAAGUGUUAUUUACCUUGGCAUCUUUCACAUUUUUUACUUUCGUGUAUCUUCUCUCUGCUGCCUUUGGGUCAUUGACGACAACGUACAGAAACUUGAGGCACAAAGAAAAGAUAUUUUGGAACCUGGCGGUAGUUCGUGGUGUAUAUGGCACUUUUUGCACGGUCAUUGGAAUUUGGGCUAUCUUCUUUGACUCUGAGCUUGUAAAGGACCCGGUUUUUUCUACAACACCUACAAGCUAUUUCGCUCUGGCUGCUAGUCUGGGAUUUUUCUUGUUUGAAUGUGGAGUUUUACUUAUAGCAGAUAUCGUGUACAAGAAAUUCAGCAUUAUGUUAAAUCUUCAUCACUGGUUGGCUUUAGUCGGAUUCUUCUUAAUCAUGUUCCUGGACAGCGCUCAUUAUUUUGGUACAAGCGGCAUUCUUUUAGAGAUGAGUACGCCAUUCUCUGGGAUCUGCUGGACACUGCUGAAGGCCGGUAAGGCACACACUCUUUUAUGGAAGGCGAACCAGUUCCUGUUGGUUCACACCUUCCACCUACGUUCUGUAGUAGAAUGCUACAUCUGGUAUGUGACCUACCAGAACUGGGAGCGAAUAUGGUCCGUCAUGCCCACCGCUAUGUUUGUUUCUCUGUACACCCAGCUCGUGCUCGUCACGUUCCUAAUGACGCCAUAUUGGACUUACAAGAAGACGCAGCAAAUGAUUAACCCUGUCGACUGGAAUUUUGAGGACUCGGCAAAACACAAGGAAAUGAAUGGAUCAGCUACCAAGAAAGAUAGUUAACAUUGCGUGUCUAUCAUUUCUUAUUUCAACAGUAUGUAUGGACAAUGAGAUUUUAAGCAAAAAUAUGACAUGCGAGUAAUAUAACUGACAAUCCGAACACUAGUGUGUAUAAGGCUUGUACAAUACAUGCUUAACGUUUGUAGUUUUGAUUAUAAACAUUCUUAAAUAAGAUCAUUAAGUUGCCAAAAACUAAGUGUGGUUAACAAAAGGACAACAUGUUGCAUUUAUACGGUGGCAAAGAUCAUUAAACAUUUGAUAUGCAUAGAAUGUAUUCAAUUUUAACAAAUGUUAUUGACAUAGAGAAAAGUCAAUAGGAUUAGACAUCUGGCAUAGAUGUUGCAUUUAUUCUAAACUAUUUUAUGACUCCUGCCCUGAUCGGGCUUCGAACUCACGAUCUACGGCACCAAAUCGCCUAGCAGCGUAUACCACUGCUCUUAACAAGAACGUUUCAAUGGCGCAGUGAUAGUCGGCCCGAUAGCUGCGGGUAUUUCCGGCUAGGCGAUUCGGAUCAUACAUAGGUUUGUUAGUAGAGUUAUAUAGUGAGGAAAUUCGGGACCAAGUCAAAAGUUCGAUACAGCGAGAAAUUCGAAUCAACUAAGUUCGAAUCAUCGAGGUUUGACUAUAUUAGCGUGUUUUGCACUGGAAUCUAUGCGUUAUAUCACGAUUCCACUAAUGACACAUUUCUAUGGCAUAUACAUUGGUGAUAGUUUGUAGUUCAUAUGUAUGACUACAAACGGCCAGAAGAACGAAAUGAGCUGUUCCGUCUUCAAAGUUAAAAUAUGGAUAAUUUCGGUGUAACCUGUUCCCAUUACAAGAGUAUGAUUAUAAUGUUUAAUUAUAAUAGGAAUAACGUCCUGUAUUUACAUGUUAUGGUUUUUUCAUGGCAAGCCAAUUUGUCAUUUAUUCAUGGAAUAAGGCCGGAGGCCGAGUGCAAUAUAGCACAUGGUCAACUACCAGCACCUCGGGUCAACUAUUUUUUACUAUAGGGAAGGCAUGAUAUGUUUAUAAAAUAUAUAACUUAUAAUUCAGCAUCAAAAUGUUUCUGUACUUAAUAUUUGAAUAUUUUCAGUUAAGAUACAUUUUUAUUCCUUAUAACGCAUUCUUUACAAACUACUAAUUAAUUGAAUAUAUUUGAUAUUUUAAUAUAAUUAUAUUGUAAUUAUAGUGUGUAAACAGAAAUAUAUUUCAAUUUGUUUAUUGGACAGCAGAUAUGGGAUGUUGAUAUGCUUUAUGAACGUUUAAUAUGAUUUAAUAUGAAAGAAACUACAUUUUGUAGUACUAAUUAUAGAAAUAGUAUAGACUAAUAGACAUAGACUACAUAGAUAUGUCAUAUUUACCAAUUGUAUUCGUAUAUUCAUAUAUAAAUGCACAACUACUAAGUUAAGUUAUUUCAUAAUAAGAAAUAUGAUUUUUCAAUAUGAAAGAUAUCAAAAGUGAGAUCAGCGAAAUACAACUAAGGAUAACAUUUCUUCACUUAUUAUUUAAGAUAAGAUAUAUGGUUAACUAUAUACCAAAAGUACCGAUAUACCACCUAUAGCAAACGUACAUAUAAAUGCAUGAACAAACUUAUCUAUCCAAUGAUAUUUGUAUUCAAGAUCAGAUAUCUUAGCUGUAGCUUUACAGAUAUACGUGUAUAAUUGAUGGCGGUAAUGCUAUCAUAUAAUUUGGCUAAUUACUGCAUCAACAUUUCUCCAUGAUUAAGUGAUAGCUUGGCUUGCCAUAUUGUUUUUGCUAGUCGAAUAUUGCAUGUAGAUUUCAUGGUUUCUGUUGGCAUAAACAUUAAUAUAAAUUUCAGGGUUUCAUCUAUUUUUUAUAACAAAUAUUUGCUCGUGCUAGUUUAAAUAUUGCAUAUCUAUAAAGAUUUCGUGGUUACCGCUAGUUUAAAUGAUAUUUAUCUAUAAAUAGUUCUUGGUUACUGUUAGUAAAUUAUAUAUAGAAAUUUCAUUGUUUGUGCUGGUUUAGAUAAUACAAAUUUAUGUAAAUUAAACGGUUUGUGCUAAUUUAUAUGAUAUAUAUUUAUUACGAGUUUAUGGUUUGUGCUAGCUUAAGAAAUACAUUUCUAUAUCGAUUACACGGUUACUGCUAGAUUAAAUGUAUAUAUGUAUAGAAUUCGUGAUUACUGAUUGUUUAAAUGAAACAUCUUACGAUUUCAUGGUUUGUGCUAGUUUUCAUUAUUAUUUUAUAUAUAGAAAACACGGUUAGUGCUAGUAUAAAUGGUACAUAUCUAUACAGAUUAUACGGUUAUUGCUAGUUUCGUAUAUAUCUAUAUGUCAUGGUUCGUGCCAGUUUUAAUGAUACAUGUCUAUAUAGAUUUUAUGGAUUGUGCCAGUUUUAAUGAUACAUGUCUAUAUAGAUUUUAUGGUUUGUGCCAGUUUUAAUGAUACAUAUCUAUAUAGAUUUUAUGGAUUGUGCCAGUUUUAAUGAUACAUAUCUAUAUAGAUUUUAUGGAUUGUGCCAGUUUUAAUGAUAGAUAUUAAUCUAUAUAUAUUUUAUGGUUUGUGCCAGUUUUAAUGAUACAUAUCUAUAUAGAUUUUAUGGUUUGUGCCAGUUUUAAUAAUACAUAUCUAUAUAGAUUUUAUGGAUUGUGCCAGUUUUAAUGAUACAUAUCUAUAUAGAUUUUAUGGAUUGUGAUAGUUUAAAUGAUACGUAUCUACAGAGACUGUAUAUAGAUUUUAUGGGUUUUUUUUAUAGUUUAAAUGAUGCAUAUCUACAGAGACUGUAUAUAGAUUUUAUGGUUUGUGCCAGUUUUGAUUAUACAUAUCUACAUGUAUAUCGAUUUUUUGGUUUGUACCAGUUUAAAUGAUACAUAUCUACAGAGACUGUAUAUAGAUUUUAUGGUUUGUGCCAGUUUAAAUAAUACAUAUUAUAUAUAUUUUAUGGUUUGUGAUAGUUUAAAUGAUACAUAUUACAUAGAUUUUAUGGUUUGUGAUAGUUUAAAUGAUACAUAUUACAUAGAUUUUAUGGUUUGUGAUAGUUUAAAUGAUACAUACGAUUCGUUUAGCUGAAUUGAUACAUUAGAUUUCAUGUUUUUGUUAUUUUGAAUAAUUAUUAAGGUUUCAUAGUUUUUGAUAACACUACAAAUUUAGAUUAAUUUCCAUGGUAUCUGCUAGUUUAAACACUACUUGUAGAUUCUGUAGUAUAUAUCAUGUAAUUCUACAUAAUAUUAUGUCUAUAUACUCUGUAUUAUAAGUAUUAUUACAGAUAUAUAUAUAUAUAUGUUAAGACGUUAUCGAGGUUUCCUUGGGAUCACAUUUAACACUUUAUUAUGUGUAUCUAAAAUUGUUAUGUUUAUUACAAUCAAUGCAAAUUGUUGGACUCAACAUUUCAACAAUUUCAAAGUUUCUAAUGAUUUCUAUCAUACAGUAUUUACAAGCAAGCUUACAAACUAACAUAUUAAUCACAAAUAAAUGUGUUGAUUUAAAUACAAUAAAUUAACUACAAUAUCUAUGAU